AUGCUUAUCCUUAUCCCCGGCGUAACUGGCAACCUGGGCCAUCAUCUUGCCAAGGCUGCCCUUCAUCGUGGCCACCAGGUCCGAGGCAUGGGCCGCACCCCCGAAAAGUUGGAUUCAAACAUUCGGCCACAGCUUGAAUCCUUUGUCGUGGAAAGAAGUGGUGUAGAUCCGGGGUACGACGCGGCAUGCAAAGACGUCGAUGCCAUUAUUGUCGCCUGGGCGCCUAAAGCAGAGUUGAUUGUCGAUGCGCAGCUCAAGCUGCUACGUGCCGCUGAGCGAGCGGGUAUAAAGCGUUUCCACGCCUCGAGUUGGAACUUGGACUGGGAGAAUUUUCCCCUUGGCGAGAUCGAGACAUACGACAGCAUGUUGAUCUUUGCGACCCACGCUCGUUUGACCAGCACCAUCCGCCCUACUUACUCCUUGGUGGGCAUCCUCGCCAACACUCUCUUCGGUGUGCCGGGCGCAGGUGCCAUGGAAGGGGAGAAUGCUAUCUGGGCCCGAAACACCGACGGCACUCGACUUGUGCGCGUUAUGGGUGACGGCAACACCCGCGUGAACUAUUGUUCCGAGUCGGACGCGGCGAAUUUCAGCGUCGCGCUUAUAACGGGCGACUACGGCGAGACUGGUGGGUUUAAUCGGUUUUGCAGCGACAGCUUCACGUUUCAUGAGCUAGCAGCUGCGUUUGAGAAGGUCCGCGGCGGGAAAGUAGAUGUCACUCAAGUCAUGGGCCUUGACGAAUGCGAGAGACAGUGGCGUGGAAUGCGAGCUGAAAGUUUGAGAAAAGGAGAGUUGCGGCAGAAGUGGCGCGAGUUUGUCGGGCUGCAGUAUGCAUGGUACACGUUUGGCGGAUCGAGCGUCUCUGCGUUUGAGCCUGUUGAUGCGGCCAAGUGCCCCGAUGUGAGGAGGACGAGUAUUGUAGACUAUAUUCGUGAGAACGAGUAUGUCUAG